GGCUCCAAAGGUGUUAGGGCGCACGCGUCAUGGAAGGAUCCUCAGCCAUACGAAGUCCUACGUGCAGUAGAGCGCAAAGAUAUUGUCUACCUGAUGGAGGUCCGAGACCAUGCGUUUCAUCUGCUUGUUCGACGCUCGGGUGGUGUAACGCCUCUUCUCCACGCCAUGAGAAUCGGUAAAUCGCAUAGAGAUGUCGCCAUUAUCUUAACAGGAGCUUUUUCGCGCUUUGUGAACCACCUUGAAGAUGAUGCAAUGGUCCUCCCGCGUACGAAGGUGAUUUUGAAGGCAAUACGUUCAAAUCUAAAACUAGCGAUUGAUUACGGUCUUCAGAGUUCACAGAGCGACCUCAUCGCCUCGUUUUUACAGACACUCGUCAUGAGUGAGGGUGAAAAGUGGAUUUUGGCACAAAUAUCAAACGUUGGCACAGCUCUCCGCGCUGGGACGUCAGGCCAGCCGGUCCAGACAGCUCAAAAUGCUGUUCGCAGUUUCGCUACAAAAGAGCUCGGCAAAGCCCACGCCAUCGCAACCUUGGAAGAUUACAUCGCAAACUCUACCAGCGACUUGUUAAUGAUGGCUGCUUGGUCGCUCACCCAGGAGGCAGCUUCGGAUGGUCCAAUACCGACUUGGUACUUCGCUCGGGAUGAUCGUGUGUAUAAGGCAUUUUGCAGUCUGUUGGACCAGCAUCAAGACAAUGCUAGACGGAAGCUUACGAAACGGCUAAGAUGGCAAAUCAGGGUUCUACGGGCAGUUCUCGAAGGUCGACAGAUGUCUUGGCGUAGCAAGGUGAAUAUCUUGAUUGAAGAACUAGAUACUGGAGAAGGCAUAUAGGCGGGAAGCUCCUCUUUAUGCGCACAAGGUUCACAGGUCGUUGUACGCUCAUGAUUCAAUUUUCAUGCAGGGUUUGUGCACAUCUACAUCCUUAUUGACC